UUGACCAGUGACCACAGACACCACCAACUCAGCUGCUCACUGCUGACCUAGAGCUAUCAGAGCAAUCAUGGUUGAUAUACGGCAAGACAUGGUGAAGCGCGCGGUGUCCUUUCUGCGACAUCCCAAAGUCAAAGGCGCGCCGGAAGCGAAGCAAAUCGCCUUCCUGAAGGAUAAGCAGCUGACGGCGGAGGAAAUUGGCGAGGCCCUGAGAAAAGCCGCAGAGCUAGCAGCUGCGGAAGCAUCUGCGAAGACCCGGGCCGCCCUAGUGGCUGCUCCGACGAAACGAUUCCAGAAAGGCUCAGUCCGGAGCGAGGCCGUCGCGUCAGGCGGUAUAGUUUUCAUCAGCGGACAGACAGCGUUACCGUCACCGACCGCGGGUGACGAUAGCGGGGAGGGGGACGUGGGUGUUGCCGAAUCUUUGAGCCCCGAGCAGCAGGCGGCGAGAGCCUUGGAUAAGAUUAAGGAGCUUCUUGAAGAGGUGGGAUCGAGCACUUCCAAGGUGGUGUCAGCGCUCGUCUGCGUCCGAGAUUUGGGGCAAGAUUUGCCCGGGGUUGAGAAGGCGUGGGGCCGCUGGAUCGACAAGGACAACCCGCCUGCGCGAACGGUCAUACAGACGGGAGCAAUCGUAGGUGGCGGUGUUGGCGGCGCCAAGCCGCGUCGAGGGGGCGAGAGUAUCGAUAUUCGAGUUAGCGUUUCGGUCACGGCGCAUUUAUGA